UCGUUUGUGUAUUUCCAAAGUUUACGUUUGUCAAACCAAGUGUCAAUCGUUAACGGCUGUCAUGUUGGGGGUUACAGUUGUGUGGAUGAUGAAGUAGUGCUCAGGUGUACUCUGUAAACUUUUGCUUGUUGUCGCCUAUUGCUACAUUGGCCUCAUCUGAGUAUCGAUUGCAGGUGAAAUUAGUUACAUUGUGUCAGAAUGAAUGAUGAUUCUGAAAUGGAGACAAAUAUUGUUGUUGAUGGUGCAGCAGCAAGAUAUGAUUCCAAUCUUGAUGUUGGAACAUACAGUCUGCUUCCAGAUAUAAUAUGGCCUCAUACCACAGAUAUAUCAGCAUCUGAUUUUGGGAAGGUCGUGUUUAGAAAUGUGAAGGAUCGUUAUCCACCAAAUGAAGAUUUACUUUGUAUGUAUAGUGUAGAGAGUGGCAUUGAAGUUAGAGAUGAUGAUCGUGUAGCAAUUUUCACUGCUGGAUGUUUAAAACCUGAAGAAGAAGUUACUUGGGUACCUGCUGCAAAGCACCCUUGGGCAAAUGAGGUUUCAGUCGUUUUUCCAGCUUGUCGACUGCCACCACGUGAUCGCUUUUAUCAAUUUUGUUAUAUAAAUGCCGGAAAAAUUUGUGGUGCCAGCCUUCCUUUCAGUUUUCAAAAAGAAGUUAAUGUUAAUGCAGAAGAUCAGCAUACAGCAUUGUACUUGAGGAAUAAUUCUUCAGUUGGUGCAUCAGCACAAAUAAGUAUUGUAUCCACUGGAGGGGAUUGUCAAGUCACAGUAUCAGCUGACUAUUCGCAAAACUUGACUCUGUCUUCUAAUGAAGGCAGAAAUAAUGUCAUCCAUCUUGUCCCAAAAAAUUCAACUGAAUAUCCUCAGAAUCUUUCUCUGAAUUCUAAUGAAGGCAGAAAUAAUGCCACCCAUCUUAGAACUCAGAGAACAGCGGAAUAUCCACAAAAUCUCACUGUGGCUUCUAAUGAAGGCAGAACCAAUAUCGCCCAUCUUGGACAUACAAGUGAUGAACAUUUACAAACAAAUACAGCAGAACCUGAAGUAACAAGUAGCGAACAGACUGCUCCACUCUCACUGAAUAAGAAGCAGAAAAAUACGAGUGGUGUAUCUUUGAAAAGUAUGUAUAAAGAUUAUAAUACUCCAGCAGUUGCUUCCACAUCUCAAGGGGCGGACAGUGCAGAAAUAGCAGUACCAUCUUUUGGCUACAUUUCUAGUGGCAGUAAUGACUCGGGCAAUGCUCAAAAUAUCGCACAAUCAGCAAACAUAAAUAAUAAUGGUAGGGGACGAUUUAUCUCACUGGAAAAUGAGAAACGGAUGUUAGUGUCAACAAUGAAUACAGUCAGUGAGUACUUACAGGAAAAUGCUAACUUGAGAGCUCAUCUAAACUUUGAAGUGAACAAAAAUCGGUCCCUUAUGGAGAAUCUGAGGCGGCUUGAAGCAGAGGUAGAGAGACAGGUGCAUCAGUAUGACAUAGCUCGCCAGAACAACUCAGUGGUAGUUGCAGAAUUGGAGAAUGAGCUUGAUAAUUGCAAGAGGCGGAUUGCAGAUCUAUAUAGUAUCAUCAGUGACAAGGAAAUGACAAUAGCGUACUUAUGUCAGAGUUUUGGUGGUGCAAAUGAACGCAAUUUUGCUUUUGGAGCUCCCUCACAGUUUCCAUCAUAUCCAGGAUAUACAGAUGGACAGUUGCAGCAAGAGGGACAUGUUGGUAUAGGAGCAAGUAGAGGCAUGCAAAGACAGGACAUCAGAACUCCAUUUUAUGCUGCUCUGCGAAAAACGAGGAACUACUAUAUAACUUUUCUUUCUGAUAAAGCUGAGAUAGAAAGAAAGGUAUUUGCACUGACAUGGGGAAAGCUUUUACAAAUGAAGAAACUCCACAGCUUGAAAGACAGGAAAGAAUCUCUCAUGAGACUAGAGUAUGAGUAUUACACUGCAUUGCAAAAUACGCUUGAAGCAAAAAAUGGUGAAACCAGAAGAAUUUUGAUGGCAAUAUCGAAAGUAACAGCAGAACGUAGAGCAUUAGAUCAAAAGGCUUUCAUGGAAGCUGACAUGAUUGAUGAGAUCAAGAGACGCCUAGAGAUCAACAGGCAGAACACUAUUACGCUGAGAGCAAAAGCUAUUGAAGUAUUCACCAAAUUUAUUGACAGUUACAAUUAUAGUAUGGAACAUUACAGUGAAGCUGUGCAGACUGAAGUGCGGAAUGGUCUUGCAUUGUAUAUGCGCCUCGAUAAGAGAUUUCAUGAUAUAUUACUUGCAAUUGCAAAUUGUUCCAAUAAUAUGUACUUGUGGGAGUAUUGGGAGUAAUAGUAUUCAUUCAUAUUUGUAGUUACCGUGUAGAAGAAAUUGUUCCUUAAUUGAAGUUACCUAUUAGAUAUACAUUAUUUAGGAAUCUAUAGUCUGUAGAGCAAGUACCUAUUAGAUAUACAUUAUUUAGGAAUCUAUAGUCUGUAGAGCAAAUACCUAUUAGAUAUACAUUGUUUAGGAAUCCAUAUUCUGUAGAGCAAAUACCUAUUAGAUAUACAUUGUU